AUGUAUAGUGGAAUAGAGCAUAAAACAAAGGAGAGAUUAAAGAUGCCCACUGAAAAUAGAAGACAAUUUGUAUUACAUAAAACAAGACAAGAGUUUAGAGAUUCAAGAAAUGAAACAGACCCAAAGAAAAUUAAAAGUUUAUUAAUAAUUGGAAAUACACAUUUAGAUACAGUAAUGAUACAAGCUAAACAUUUAGCAACGAUUUUAGAAUAUGAACCUACAGCAACAGAAAUAGCACAUCACGAACGAUCAUCGAAUGCCAAUCAACCUUUACAAUCACCGAACGAUCAAAAAACACUGCUUAUCAACAAUCAAUAUAUAGAACAAGAGAGAAAAAGAGAACAAAAUGAGAAAAUAAGAAUUCAAAGAGAGAAUAAUGAAGAUAAUAUAAAGUAA